UACUUGUAUACAUUCAAGAUGCAAUUACAUUCGAAUCCCUCAUAUUAGAUGAUAGUGCUAUGUCGGCGGUUCGCACCAAUUCAUUUUGUCAAUGCAGUGCAGUCGCUCACUAGCAGGUGCGUUGUGCGCGCGUGCGUCCGCCAUCUUUGAAAACAGCUGAUUUCCCGCCAACACGUCGGUUGAGAUUGAAAAGAUACAUUUUUAUCGCGUACAAAAUAAUUAUUGAAUGAUUUAUUGACUGCAUAAUUGAGUGUUGUGAUAUCAGACUGAUGAAGAUGACUGUUAAUCGAAUAAGGGUCGUGGUGCUCGGGAGCGCGAGGAGCGGUAAAUCUGCUGUCGUGGUGCGGUAUCUGACGAAGCGGUAUAUUGGAGAAUACAGUUCUACUGGUGAUUUUCUUUACCAACAUCGGGCGACGUUUGACGGCGCGUCUUCGGAAGUUGAAGUUCUUGACACAUGUGGAUGUGCGAAACGUGGCUGCUUAGCUGAACACCUCCGAUGGGGCGAUGCGUUCGCAAUCGUGUAUUCUGUAUGCGACCGACGUUCGUUCUUGGCUGCGUCUGAGUUGCUAGCGUUGUUGGAACGGACUCGGCUGCCUGGCUGCACAGCUAUAACUCUGCUGGGCAACAAACGGGAUUUGGAACAUGCUAGAGCAGUGAAGACCGAAGAAGGGCAAGAGCUAUCCCUCCAAUUCGGGUGCCAAUUCUAUGAAGUAUCUGCGGCGGAGUCCUCUGCUGGGGCGGCGCUGGCGUUCCAAGCACUUUUGCGUGAAGCGCGCUCGCUCGCUCUGCUCCUCCCGACGCCGAGACGAAAACUCGCUGCCUAUUCUGUUUCCAAGGUAAUAGGCACAAUCUUAGGUUUGAGCAAUAAGAGUGUACGAAAGAAACGACCAUCACUAAGCAUAUGAUCUGCUUGUUUUUCUGACUGGCUUUUGUUUACUCCAAGACGGAGUUUAUUUUUGCUCUGCAAAUGCUUUUAAGAGUUAAGCCAAGGUCGAAAGGACUGAGGCGUUCUAUGGGCUCUUUGAGAUUGAGAGGACUUUUGAGGAUUUUCAAGAUGGACUGGCUACGCUACUGCAGUGGUAUAUUGUUGGACAAAAUUGCGAGCUUUUCGCCUUUGUUACAUUUGUAAUUUAAGAUUUUUUGUAUUCAUGUUCGUAAGGGGUGUCCUUACAUAUGUUUAUGUCUGUAUAAAUAGUUUUUAUUACAAAAUAUUGUGUACCAAAAUAGACAAUACUUGGCAACAGUAAUAUUUUUAUACAAAUGUUUGUACAAACAAUUGCCUUAAUGUUUUUUGAAUUGAUUCAUUAUAAAUACCCACAUUCAUUCAGAUUUUAAGUAAAUAUUGUUAAUAUAGAAAUCGUUAAUGGUACUUUUGUAACUGUAUCAGUAAUAUAUAUUUUUGUAAAUAAUAAGUUGAUCCCACCUGUGUGAUAAUAUUAAAUAUUAUUUAAAGACUGUAAUUUGAAUCGUGGACCAUUUGGGGUGCAAUUUUUGUAGUGUAAUGUUAUUAUACCUACUCCACUAUUAUAUUAAUAGCGUCGUUAACAUUUACUGUGAAAUUUAUAAUAUUGUGUAUUAUGUUUAAUAAAAUGUUUGAUAAAAAAUUC